GAAAACAUAUUUGAAAACAAAAAUACACCAUUGAAGAAGAUCAUAUAGAUCAUGGAGGCUCUCAAAUCUUUUGCCCUUUUGAUUUUGGUUUUGGCAUUUGCAAGCAAAGUUGAUCAAUCUUAUUGUGGACGAGAUUCGAAGUACCAGCUUCCAUUGACGGAUUGGACAGUAACGAUUAUAAACUAUCAAAUAAAUGCAUCUCUACAGGUUCAUUGCAAAUCAAAAGACGAUGAUUUAGGCGUACACGUUAUACAGAAUGAAGGAGAGCAUUAUAGCUGGGGAUUCAAGGAGAAUUGGUUGCAAACAACUAAGUAUUGGUGUGACUUUCAAAGCAAAUUAGGGCAUGCUUCGUUUGAGGUAUUUUGGCCAGAGAGAGGAACUUGGUUUUCAGAUCGUUGUGGUAGUAAUUCAAAUUGUGUCUGGGUUGCUGCCCAUGAUGGCUUCUCUUUGCUUAAUGCUCCUGCAAAAACUUUGGAGUUUCAACAUCCAUGGCUACACUAGAAUAACAAUAUAUGUAUAAUAAUUUCCUAUUUACUAUAAAUAAAAUAACAACCCUACUAAACUUCUUUGCUUUA